GUAAUGUUUCUCAUGAUAUUUUAUUUUAUAAAGCAAUAUUUACCGCAUCUACCUGCAUACCUGUCUUCAAGAAAAAUAGUGUGCCCACCAGCCAGAUCACUAACAGAAGCAGCAAAAGGCGACAGCUAACCACGUAACCACGUCAAGACAAGACCAAAGAACAAGCUCUUCCAUUUCCUUCUGCAACUUCAGGACGCGAUAACAUAUCACGAUGGAGGAUGUCGAGAUGAGCAAUGUUGAAGAGGCUCACAAGACCUCUGCUGCUGCCCAGGCUCCAUCCGCAGCUGUGAGGUCGGAGACACAACAGAGGGUAUUCUCCCGCUUGGGCUUUGACACAGAAGCGAAGCUGAACGAAGCCACUGCUGGGAACUCUCGGAAGCAACGAGCCGUCGAGAAGAUGAUGGUGGCAGAGCUGCAUCACGUAAAAGGAGAGCUUGCCGUGGAGAGAUCAGCCUUACAAAACGAGAAUGAUUCGCUCAAGAGGGCUAUCCGCGAACUGAGGGCAAGGCAACAGCAGCAGCAGCAGCAGCCGCAGGCAGCAGGUAUUCAUUAAUACAGGCAGAAUGCUUUCCGGAUUGAAGAUCUAUUUCCAUGGAUGUAUGGUAUGCUUCAUGUCAAAGAAAAGAGAUGCUUCUUUCUCAAUCAUUUGUGCGGGCUAUGAAACCACGAACGGCAUCCUCUCUGAUGUGUGAUCUUUUCAAAGGCGGAGCAAGAAGAUGGCCAUACUACGGUAGUUUGAUACUUUUUAGUUUAUUUCCACUCCACGAUAUUAACCUUUGGACUCGACUCAUG